GCAAACAGCAAACCAAACCGGCACGUGCCGGUGGAAGAAAGAGAUGAAAUGCCCGAUAACUGUUUAAUUGCCGGUUGAUUCGGUUACCAGUAACAAAAGGACAAUUUAAAAGCUGAGAAGUAAAGAAAAUUGGAACUCCGAACAACACACAGAAAUGCCCUCUCAUUUUUUCAAAAUUUUUGAAAAGCCCUCUCCUAAUCCACUCGCACUUUCUCUCACUAGGGUUCCGAUAAACAACUGAGAUUCUCUCUCUCCCUCUUUCGCCGAGAAAACGAUUUUAUUGGAGUCGGAAGUCGUACUAGAAGUGGAAUGGUGGAGUUCAAGGUUAGUGAGUCGCAGGCGAAUGGAAGUGGAAGUGGAAGUGAUGCGGAAACUGGUUCAUCAGGGUUAGGAGGUGGUAUGCUUACUUACAAGAGACGAAGGAUUGCCAAAGAUGUGGAGCAUGAUAUGGUUUUGGAUGAUGCAGAUACUCGACUCUUUGAGAAGUCAAUGAAGAGUUCGUCGGAUCAAGUUAUUCAGGAAAGUUCACAUACAAGUGCUUCCCAUGAUUGCGUGCUCAACCAUCAAAGAAAUAUUGUUCUCGAGCGGAUAUGCCAAUCGUUGGAAACAGAAGGUGGUCUAAAAGAAUGCAUCCAAAAUGCUCUUGCACUUCAUCCAAGAAGUGGUAGCAGAAAUACUGUUAAGGAAUCUGUACAUUAUUGUAAAUCUCGGAGCAAAUACACUUCCCCGACCGGGUCUGUUCCUGAUAGUCUUCAAAAUGAAGUUAAGGGCACUACGGGCAUACCAUCUAGUCAAUCAGCUUCUGAAUCAAAUCACGAUAGAGUUGCAAAGCUCUGUCGCUGCACCUUGUUUGAUGUUAUUAUGUCAGAACAGUUUGCUCAACUAUGCAGUCUAUUUCUUGCAAAUGGAAUGAAGGCUGACAAAUUAUUUGAUUUGAGUCACGUAAACUCAAGGAUGAAAGAGAAAGCAUAUGAAAGUUCGCCCACGCUAUUUCAUUCAGAUUUACAACAGAUAUGGACAAAUCUCCAAAGACUUGGCAAUGAUAUAAUUUCCCUCGUGAAAUGCCUGUCGGACAAAACAAUGACUUCUUUUUGUGAACAGGUAGGAAGCUCUGAAAACGGCAUUUUUGAGGAAGGCACGCAUGAGUUACUUACACAAGAAUAUAGCAUGCACAAAACGGAGCCAACACAGGCCUGUGCCGUCGACCAAGUUCACACUUGUAGGCACUGCAGAGAAAAAAUUGACGGAAGAAAUGGUUUAGUGUGUGAUUCAUGUGAGGAAAUGUACCAUUUAUCUUGUAUCGAGCCACCUAUCGAAGGAAUUCCUGUUAGAAGUUGGUACUGUGCAAAUUGCACAGGAAAGGGAAUCGAAUCCCCUCAUGACAACUGCAUAGCUUGUGAGAGAUUGAAUGCUUCUAAUCUCGAAGACGAACUGAUAUAUGAAGCACCACCAAAGGAAUUGGAGGAGAGUUCAACCGGGUUAAAUGCAAACGAAGGGGAUAAUAAUAAUAAAAGAUUUCCACACUGCAAGAGUUGUAGAAUGGAGGUUAAAAACGAAGAAGACUACAGGAUAUGCGGUCAUUCAUUCUGCGAAGACAAGUUUUACCAUGUAAAAUGUUUGACAACUAAACAGCUGAUAUCUUAUGGGCCUUGUUGGUAUUGCCCUUCUUGUUUGUGCAGAGCCUGCUUUGUCGAUAGAGACGAUGACAAGAUUGUUCUGUGCGAUGGGUGCGAUCACGCGUAUCACCUUUACUGUAUGGACCCACCUCGUGAGACCAUACCUAUAGGGAAAUGGUUUUGCACAAAGUGCGAUGUGGGAAUCCAGCGGGUACUCAAAGCUAAACAAAUUUACGAGAAUAUGCAAAAUACUAAAUCGAGAAAGAGGUCGUUGGUUGGAGAAACGAAGACAGUGGAGGGUUUGACUAAGUCUGGUGGGGGCAUGGAUAUGCUUCUAAAUGCAGCGAAAACUCUGAAUUACGAAGAGAAUCUUGUGGCAAAUGGACUCAAAGCUUAGUGAGUGUGUGUUUGUGUAUUGAUUGAGGAGGAAAAUUCUAACCCUUGAAUAUUUUUUGGCGAGACGAAGGAGUUUCGUCGUGUACCUUUAGUUGUUAAAUGUAACAGUGUAACAAUUGUAUGCUACUGCAUAUGUAGGACAUUUUUUUGCAGAAAACUGGCAGGAGACGCGAAUUCUGUUUCUGCUGCUUGUGAUGUAUUACAUCUGGGAAAUUGUAGUAUAGCAGAUUCUUUGCUCCUGGUUAUUACCUGUAGCAAAUUGUAAUAGUAUGUUUCACCACCUGUAAGAUGAUUCUUUUGACAGAGUCGAACCGGAAAUCUUCGAUUGAAAAUUUGAAAUAUGUUUUCUUU